AUGGAGGCCAUCGGUUCGGUGGAUGAUCUCUUGAAUUUUUCAUCGGACAUAGGGGAGGAAGAUGAUGAUGAGGAAAAACCUGGAAAAUCCUGUCCUUUACUUAAUUCAAAAUGUGACGAUCCAUCAUUGUUUAACCCAUUGGUCCUGGAUGAUCCGAACCAUUCAUAUUCUGGGUUUGUAGAAGAGGAGCUUGAAUGGCUAUCCAACAAAGAUGCAUUUCCUUCUGUUGAAACAUUUGUUGACCUAUCAUGUAUUCAACCUGACAUAGCCAAGAACCAAAAAGCAACCUCAGUACUUGAGUACAGCACAGGCAGUAGCAACAGCAAUAACAGCAGUAACAGUAUUUCCCUCCUAAACAGCUGUGAUCACCUUAAGGUCCCAGUCCGUGCACGGAGCAAGAGAUGCAGUAGGCGUCAACCUGGCAUUGCUGACAAAAACUCUAGUCAUCAAGUUUGGUGGAGGCAGCCAAGAAAUGAAAUUUUCAAGGCAGAAGAAGGGAUGAAAAUCUCACCCAUUGGGAGGAAAUGUCAGCACUGUGGAGCUGAAGAUACUCCACAAUGGCGGGCAGGUCCCCUUGGGCCAAAGACACUUUGUAAUGCAUGUGGGGUUAGGUUUAAGUCUGGCCGGCUCGUGCCUGAAUACCGUCCUGCUAGUAGUCCAACUUUUCGCAUUGAUUUGCAUUCUAAUUCGCACAGGAAGAUAAUAGAGAUGAGAAGGCAGAAGCAAAUGGGAAUGGGAUAG